UUUGUUGAUGUGUCAAAAAAUUUUAAAAUAUACUCAAUUUCAUAUAAAUCCUGUAGAUUUUUUAUAAAUUGAUCAAUACAUCAUGUCAACAAAAGAAAAAUCGUUCGAAGAAAUACAGGAAGAAAUUCUUGCGCAAUUACAAAAGCUCAAAACUGAGGAGGAAUCUUUGAACGAAGAAAUGAAUAUUAUCAUGAAUCAAGCUCCUUUUUUGGACGAGAAAAUAAAAAAUUUGAAAAGAUUAAUUCCAUCAUUGAAAAUAAUAAAAAAUGAAGCUGUUGACUUGGUAGAUACAAUCAAGGAUAUAUCGGAGUCUUCUGAGAAAAUUAGUGGAAAAAUUAGAUCCCUAGAUGAAGCUAGGAGUCGAGUAGAUGAAUGUCAAAGUAGAGUUUGUGAUCUCAUAGAUUUGGAAAUCUGUUCCCAAGGUGUUCAAGCAGCAAUCCUUGAUUCUGACUAUGAAAAGGGUGCUGCACAUGUUCACAGAUUUUUGUCCAUGGAUCAAUCACUUUUACAAAAAACUGCAACAGAUGUAGAAAAUGUUUCUAAUACUCUUAAAUCAGUGAGAACACUUCAGGAUGCAACGAGCCAAUUGAGAGCUCUUGUUGAGCAUAAAUUCAACGAGGCUGUUAGAACCGAGGAUUUGGUAUCAAUUGAAAGGUUUUUCAAGAUUUUUCCAUUACUAGGUAUGCACGAUACUGGAAUUACUGAGUUUUGUACAUUUUUAAGAGGCAAAGUUUCCACCACCGCAGAAAAAAAUUUAAAAACUGCUAUAACCACACCACUGUCUGAUAAGAGACAUUCUGUAAUUUUUGCAGACACUCUAACACUAUUAUUUGAAGGAUUAGCAAAAGUAGUUGAUGUUCAUCAACCUCUCCUGGAGACAUAUUAUGGGCCAGGUAGACUAUACAAAGCUGUUAAUAUUUUGCAAAAAGAAUGUGAUUCUCAAGUCAAAAGAAUUUUCAAUGAAUGGAUGAAAUCCAGACAAAUCAAUAAAAAAAUACAGCAAGUAACCGAGACUAGUAGAAUUGGUUCUAACUCCAGUUUUAGUAAGCUUGAGCGAAGUGAUCCUAAAGACUUGGAUAUGCUGAUAGGUGAAAUCACUUUAAUGCAUUAUAGGAGUGAGCUAUAUAUAAGAUUUUUACAGAGGAAGGUUUUGGCUGACAUUGAUGUUGGAAUUCCUGAUGAGAAGAAAAAAGAAGAUGCUAUCAACAUUUUCAAUCAAACAUUGAAAAAUAGUGAAUUGUCACAACUGAAACACGAAUUGCUUUCUCAUUAUUUAAGGUUAGAGCAAUACUUUAUGGAGGAAUCAAUAAAUAAGGCUGUUGCAAUGGAUUACAUUGAUACUUCCCAGCAAACUUCAAGCAUGGUUGAUGAUACGUUUUUCAUUGUGAGAAAAUGCAUUAGGAGAUCAAUAUCUAGUGGUAAUCUGGAUGGUAUAUGCGUAAUAAUAAACACAGCUUGUAGAGUUUUGGAAAACGACUUUUGUGAUGUAUUGCGGUCUAAGCUUAAACAGGGAUACCCUUCCGGGUAUCUAGAUUUAACUCAGGCUUACAAUGUUUUACAGUCUUCCAUUCAACAAGGUAGGCUGCAAUCGGGAGACACUGAACAGUCCAGAAUAGCCUUUGUAGUUGCUUUGAACAAUGCAGAUAGUUGUAUAGAAUAUGUCGAUACAUUAUGUGAUGGAGUUUUGAAGGAAAUCGAACAAGCUUUGCCUUCAAUGAAUACCAAUGAACAUGGUAAACUUGAGAGUUGCCUCUCGGGCUUGUCUUCUGUUACUUCAAACUUGAAGGAUAUUGUUGAGUACGGAGUUCAACAGCUUAGAUCUAGUGUUAUAAAACCAAGGGUCAAUCCGUGGGUUGAUGCAUUUUUAACUAUUAAUCAUCAAAUAACCGAGGAGGAGCUAUCAGUGUAUGAAGCAGGGGAAACAUUUGUGCAAACUUUAAUCAUGAAUUUGGAAACACUGUUGAGUUCCUUCAAGGAACAGUUGUCUUCUUCAAAUUUUGAUGCUUUCGUUAGUGCUCUCACUUCAGAGGUUACACAACGAUUGGAAAAAGUUAUACUGAAGUCUCAAUUUAAUAAUUUGGGUGGUUUAGUUCUGGACAAAGAAGUGAGAUCCCUGGCUAGCUACAUAACAGCUGCCACAUCUUGGUCCGUUCGGGACAAAUUUGCCAGGUUGACUCAAAUAGCCACGGUUUUAAAUCUGGAGCAAGUUUCUGAGAUUUCUGAAUAUUGGGGUGACCACGAUGGUGCUCUUACUUGGAGACUUACACCUUCAGAAUUGAAAUCAUUUCUACUCUUGAGGACAGACUUCAAGGCAGACGAUGUGAAACGAUUAAAGCUUUAAAAAUCUCCUGAGGAUACAGAGUAGCUUUUGGAGUCUCCUAAUAAUCUACAGGGUGAAUAAAUACUUUAACAAGUGUUUGUGAAUAAAUAAAAUUUAUUUGUAAUAAUUCACACAACCUCUGAACAAAAAUAUACAAACUCUGUGCAAGUGACUGAUGAAGUUUUGUAGGACGGAGAUUUGUUAAAUGGUGAAAAGUUCAAGAAAAAAAAACACCAUAUAGAGGUAACAAUUUUGUAAUUUUCACUGUACAACAAAAUUGUAUUUUAACCUUUUUGUAUCACAGAACAAUGUCAUUAGCAAUUAAAACUUACCAAAUAUGAACUUCAGUAUUUAAAAA